GUUGUUUCACCGUUUGUGCCAGUCACAUUGUCAUGAUUUGAACCCACUACCAGGUCAUUUGCACAAUGGGUGCCGGCUUUGUCCGCUCCAUCCAAGCCGUCGUCCCCAGUGUUGCGCCAGGCAGUGCGUGGGCACAGCGCGACAUCGGACCAACUCUACGGCGCUUCUUUGGAGCUUUCUACAAUGGUGAUGUUUGGGCAGUGUACAGGCGAUACAAGAACAUCGAUGUGGAGAAUACUGGUUGGAUCAGCUACGAAGAUUUAGCAGAGAUCCUUUUUUUACCAGAGUUCAACCUCUUGUUCAUCUUCGACGCCUUCAGCCAGCAAAAUGCUUUGAUUGAUGCCCGUGAGCUUUUAGUGAUGGUUUGCUUAUUCAGUUCUUCCAAGCUGUCCGAAAAAUGUGGACUCUUCAUGACUCUCUUCGAUAGCUCGCACAGCGGCACCUGCACAGCUGCGGAAGUCGCCAACUUUGCUACGCUUGCCCUACAAGUCUUGGGCAGAUGCACUGGCGCACCAGUCCGCGCAAAAGAUGUGGCAGUGGCCAUGCAGGACGAGCUUUCGGAUGUGCUUCCGCUGUACCGGGAAGCUGUCAACCGACUGGGCUCAGAGGCGACUUUCAAAGAAGAGCGCAUCUUUGGACAGGAUGAGGUGGAUGAGAUUUGCUCCACCUUCAGGCCCGUCUAUGACGACUUGCCCAUUGGCCAAGAUCCACCUCCAAACUGCGUAGCUCCACCGGCUCCAGACUGGGAGAAGACGGCGAAUGCAGCUGUGACCCAUUCGCGACCUGCUACCAGCCAAGUUCGGCAACUGAAUCGGACCUUGACAGAAGUCGAGCUACAUCAAAUGGCAUUGCUAGGAGGAUUGGGACAUGCGGAUGAGGAUGAGGACCGAGAACAGGCUGCCGAGAUUCUCAAGGAGAAAUCAAUGAUUAGGCAGAAGGAGAUCGAAGAAAAGGAAGCUGCAAAGGCGGCGAUCCAACCAGCCCGAGGAUGGAUGAUCAUACAUGGUGCUGACUUUGUCUCGCUGUCGAAAGACAUCAACCAUUUUCGGCAUCUCUUCGUGAAGUGUGUCGCACAGGCCUUGGAUGUGCCCUCUGGAGUCAUCACAAUUGUGGACAUCACACCUGGAAGUGUCGUAGUGGAAUUCUUGGUGCACCCGUCUAUGCGCGGCGGCGACCGACGAACAGCAGUCGAGCUAUUGAUUGCGCUGGCAGAGCACAUCAUCAAUGGCAAAAGCGUUCUACGCCGCGGCCAUUUCAGAGACUACGCUGCCAGCGCAGAGCUGCUGGUGGGGGAGACGCGAAAGACAGCCGUGCGCCCGCUUUCCAUCACGGAUGGGAUCAUAUGCUGUGACCAAGCAGUCCAGUGCUGCAAUCCACAAGCGGUUUUGGAGGAGGUCUUGGCACGACUAGACACUGAAUUGAAGCGAGCGGAAGCUGCUGAAGAGAGGUGCAAGGAAGCAGUCGCAGACCUGAGAAGGAGAGACGAGUCGGUGACGGCACUGAAAAAGCAUGUCAAGCUUGCCCGCCAGCAGGAGGAGGAGCAGAAGGAAGUAGAGCGUGAUGCAGAGAUGAAAGAGUUUGGAGAGCAGCUACGGCGGCUGGAGGAGAUUGCAAAGCAGCGCCACUUUGAAGUGAAAGAAGAUCAGCACGACAAAGAGGUCACAGAGUUUAAAGAAGAGCUUGACCAUAUUGAAGAGCAGCAGAGACGUCCAAGCUGACCAGUGGUACAAAGCCCUGCUGUGAAUGUCAUUGUGGUAUGGUGAUAUUUGGUGCAUUUGAGGUUUUGCUCCGCCUAAUGAGGCUUGGAGCUAUCCCGAGAUCAAUCUUGAUCCUGUCUCACCUUGUGUAUCACCAGAAGUUAUGCUGCAAAAAGUGCCCAAAAAA